AUGGAGUGGGGCAUAGAGAAGGUUAUGACAAUAACAGUUGAUAAUGCUAGCUCCAAUGAUGGUGGUAUUAGUUACAUGCGGAAGAAGUUGAACAAAUCAAAAACUAGCAUUGCUGAAGGUAAUUAUCUGCACAUGAGAUGUGCUGCCCAUAUAAUAAAUUUGAUUGUUCAAGAUGGUCUAAAAGAGUUGGAUGAUUCGGUGAAGCAUGUGCGUGCUGCUGUUAGGUUUGUAAGAAAUGGGACAAAUAGGAGAACCAAAUUUAAGCAACUAGCUGAUUUGGAGAAGGUGGACAGUGAAGCAUUCUUGAAUUUAGAUAUAUGCACUAGAUGGAAUUCCACAUAUCUCAUGUUGAAAACUGCCAUUGAGUACGAACGAGUAUUUACAAGGUAUGAGGAAGAAGACCCACACUAUGUACUUGAUUUAAAUAGUGAGAAUGGUCCUGGAACUCCUGUUGACAGUGAUUGGGAAAAUGCUAAGAAAAUGGCUGAAUUCCUAGGACAUUUUUAUGAUCUCACUCUUAAUGUUUCCUCCACACUCCGUGUGACUGCUAAUGAAUUCUUUCAUGAGAUUGGUGAAGUGAAUGUGUUGCUACAAGAAUGGGCUGACAGUAAUGAUUCUUUGCGCAAGGCAAUGGCGAAGAGAAUGCAAGAUAAGUAUGACAAGUAUUGGGGACGUUGGCACGAGAAGGAGGUUGAGAAUGAGAAUGAGAACGAAAAGGAAAAGGGGAAAGCGCAGGCGAAGGCGAAGAAAAAGGAAGAGGAGAACAUGAACUUGAUUAUCUUUGUUGCAUCCGCUCUUCAUCCAAGAUUCAAGUUGUCAAAUUACACAAAGUGA